UCCGGUCUUUCUCGCCUCCUUCUCAGCCUUCAGGGGCGGCUCGCGGAAGCCAUCGUGGUUGACCCGACCAGCAGCCGAGUGCCCGAUUACAAUCAGCCAUCGCCACCACCUCCCUCCGCGGCUCCGCCUUCCGCCGCGAACACGCCGCUGUCUCGACCCCUUGUCCUCCUCCUUCAGCAAGAUGGCGGAGAUUGAGAUAAAAACAGCACCUGCUGACUUCCGCUUCCCUACAACAAACCAAACAAGGCAUUGUUUUACUCGCUAUGUCGAGUACCACAGGUGUUUGAAUGCCAAAGGGGAUGAUGCUGGUGUUUGCGAAAAAUUUGCCAAGUACUACAGGUCCCUUUGCCCUGGAGAAUGGGUUGAGAAAUGGAACGAGCAGAGGGAGCAUGGGACGUUUCCAGGACCUCUCUGAAUGUACCGCCCGAGACCUCCAGUUGGACCAGUCAACAAGUUGGCCAGGCAGUCCUACUGUUCCAUUCUGCAUUCCUACUUCCAGAAUCGUAAAUGCCUUUUGUCCCUUGCUCUUCAACCAGUCACCACAAAACUGUUAGUGAUGCCUCUCGUAUGCAGCUCUAAUAAUUUGGCUACAGUUGCCCCACAUGCAGCCUUGUUUUGUGUGUGGACUGUGGACCUCAUUUUGUAAACGUCUGAAUGGACUUGCAUUUUCUUUCGUGCC